GACGAGAGCCGUGCGUUUGAUGCUUGUGUUUGUGUUUAAAUGUUCUUUCAUUAACCUCACAACGCGUUCUGAUACGGGAACCCAUGAUUAUUAAAAAAAAAACAUCUUUGUGUAAGGCAUUCCCCAUGUUGCUAACCAGAAUGGGAUAAUUAGCUUUUAAGGAUUUGGGUCUAAGGAUCCUUGGUCAAUAAAUAGGUCGAUUAUCAAAGUUUCUUACCUGGUUUGAAGGUGCGGAUUUUGUUUAAUUUGUCUCAAGUUCGAUACAAUAGUGAGUUUCAAAUAUUCAAAUGAACUGCAAACGUUUAUUGUGUUAGUGCAAGUGCAGUUAGAGUGAUGACCGGUUAAUGGAUAACGCCUGAUGCCGGCUGGUCUUUGCAGUCUGAUCGUCUGCAGUACCGACAAUCGACAUCGCGUCAGUGCGGGGUGGUGCGUUUCCUAAGUGCAGUGUUGAGAGUGCGUUUUAAGUGCAGUUCUUUAAGUGCUGUUGAUCGAUCGCAGCUCUUCGCAUAAAAUGAACGAAUGAUCCAGUGAUUCAUCGAGAUGAGGCCAAGAUCAUGCUCUUUGUUUCUCUUGGUGUGCUUGCUCCUCACCAGUGCCGUUCAACCCUUCACCUCCAAAGAAGAUGGUGAAGAUGAAGAUUCCUAUUUACUGGAAGAGGAUGACAUGCCUUCGGCUACAAUAGCAAGCGAUACUGAGCUCAUCUCUGAAGGUGGUGGAUAUCUGCCAGUAUUUCUCACCGAACCCUUAGACGCCUUCGUUGUCAAAAAUAAACCAGCCACCCUUCACUGCAAGGCAGCUCAUGCUCUGCAAGUUUAUUAUCGCUGCAAUGGCAUCAGGGCGGAGGAAUCCUUACAAACUGAAUUCGUUGACCCUCACACCGGAACGAGGAUAGUUGAGUGCGAAUUGAACGUCACCAGAGAUCAAAUUGAGGAGUAUUUUGGCAAGGAUAAGUUCAAAUGCGAAUGUGUUGCUUGGUCGGGAUCUGGUCAAAUCAAAAGUCAACCAGCAACUAUUGACGUCGCUUACCUCAAAAAGCAAUUUGAAUCGCCGCCAUAUUCACAAUCCGUCGAAGCUGGACAGGGUGCAGAACUCCGUUGCAUUCCUCCGAUCGGAGUCCCACAGCCCCGGGUCUACUGGCUGAGGAAUGGCGUCAACCUGGAGGCAGAGACGGAUACUCUUUUAGUAUCCAGUGAAGGACAUCUCUUAGUCGGGCAGGCAAAGCUGAGUCAUCAGGCAAACUAUACUUGCGUGGCUGAGAAUAUCGCAGCGAAACGACUCAGCGAUCCUGCUAGCCUCACGGUUUAUGUAAACGGGGGAUGGUCAUCGUGGUCUGCCUGGUCGGAGUGUCAUUCCCGGUGUGCUAAAGGUGGACAGAAGAGGACGAGAACUUGCACUAACCCAGGUCCUAUGAAUGGUGGUCAACCCUGUUUAGGACCAGCACAGCAGAAAAAUGAUUGCAACACAAACUGCCCUGUUGGAACAUCAGAAGGAUUCACAAAUACUCUCGUGGUCGAUGGAGGCUGGUCCAGAUGGUCAGCGUGGUCGGUUUGUGGAAGUGACUGCACUCACACACGAAGACGCUCAUGCGACGAACCCUCUCCUAGUUACGGUGGUCGUCCUUGUCAAGGGAGAGACGUCACCGUAGCGAAUUGUACAGGCGGCAUGUGCAAUGUUGGAACCGCCAAGAUGGGAGGAGCACAGAUGACCGAAGAAGCAAAUCAUCAAAUGGAUGUGACCCUGUACAUCGGAUUAACCGUGGCAUGUUUGGUUAUCAGUGGCUUAGUGUUCUUCCUCGCCAGGUUGCUACGACGCAAAGGACGUGACCACUCGCUGUAUUCCAUGGCUCGCAACGAAUUCCACCCAGAGUUCUUCCCCGACCAGGACAAGAAGCUGAGUCUGCAGCCGGAUGUUACAGCCACGACAGUGCCUGCUUGCUACGAGUACCCCUUUGAUCCUAAACUCUCUAUGUCUCGUUCCCUUUCUGAACAUCACUAUGACGUCCCUCAUUUAUCCUUGGCACCUCAACCUUCCCCCAUGUCUCCAACGCCCAGCACCUCCACCCAAGAAUCCUGCAGCGAUAAGCAAAUUCACUCCGACAGUGAAAACAGCGUUACCAGUUCCUAUCCCUCAUCAGAUUCGACUUAUAAUGUCGCGUCCGAGAGCGUGAGGCUGCCAAAGUUAGAAACUGGAAAUGUGGCGCGAGCCGUUGUUAAUACGAGGGGCGCCCUGCUGGUGCUGCCGGAUUCCGGAAUUUCCAUGUCUGUUCCCGAGGGCGCUGUACCAAAACCAACGAGGGAGGAGCUUUAUCUGGCGGUACUGAACGAGGACCGGUUUAGGCCGCGACUGCCAGAUGGAAUAACCCAGCUGUCAGCAGUGGUGACUUGCGGUCCGCCAUUAGCAUCCUUUAAUAAGCCGGUGAUUUUGCAAUUCGAGCAUUGCGCGAUGCUGCAUCCCGCCUCGUGGGAGUUGAGCAUCUGGGCCUCGAAUAACGUAGAACUCGAGGAUACUUCUUCAACAUUGUCGAUAGCGAAAGAUAAGCCGAUUACGUGGACGAGGGUGCUGACUUUGGGGAACGAGACAAUCAACACGCCUCUCUUCACUCAGCUCGAUCACUCCGAGGUGUUUAUCGUGACUGAGCAAUUGAGAGGCUACGUCUUGGCUGGACAGAGCUGCGAUAAUGCCAUAGCCACGAAGAGGUUAAGACUGGUUCUGUUUGCAAGUCAAACUGGUCAGUGUUGCGUUCGAGUUUACGCAAUAGAAGACACUAGAGCUGCCACGAAAGCAAUAGUCGAUAGAGAAUCACAAAUUAGGGGAUAUCUUCUGGACAAACCGAGGACGCUGCUGUUUGAGGACAAUAGGGAGCCGCUUCACAUUAGCUUGGAGGAAGUAGGAAAUGAAUGGCAGAGCAAGUCUCCCACGGAGAGGCAGGAAGUCUCCUUUAGAGACGUAUGGAACUGCCAGGAAAAUACGAGUCACGUGACCUUUUCUCUGGACACAGCUUUCGGAGUUUCGUCCACGAGGAGUUACAAACUUCAAGUCUCUCAGGGUAGUUCAGAUAGUAGACAGGUAUUUAGAAUUGUCUAUGAUGGAGUGAAGCAGCUAAUCUCUUCGGGGAGCGUCACUAGGCCCCUUAGGGAAGUGACUGUUGUGAGCAGCGGACAUGCAAAUAACUCCACGACUGAUUCCACAACCCUGCGGCCGUUCCGCUUCACCAGAUCUCUUAGGAAGCAGCUUUGUCAGUGUCUCGACCCACCCAAUGCACUUGGCAACGACUGGAGGAUGCUAGCACAAAUGCUUCAAGUCGAUAGGUACAUCAAUUACUUCGCUACCAAGGCGAGUCCCACGGAGCACAUUUUGGACCUGUGGGAAGCUAGGCACCGGGAGCCGACCGCUGUGACCGACUUACUUAAUCACCUUAGGGUCAUGGGUAGGACCGACGCUGCCACUAUUCUCGAGGCUCAGCUUGGACCAUGGCUCUGAAGUUUUCCCCUCGAAUCUCGAGUCUAGUAAAGUGAUUUUCAUCGGGAACGAGUGAGUGUGUCCCUAACGAAACGAGACUUUCAGUGUUCAGUGACGCAGAUCAGUGAUAUUAAACGAAAGUGUAACUUUCGGCGAACUGCGUGCAAGCACUGCCUGAAGCACUGCCUUAAAUUUCGCAUCGACUAUGCAUGGCUUACUUGUAAAUAGAGACUGCCAAUGUGGUUGCGUUGGUGAAAGCACGAAGUGACGGGCGAUUGCGAGUGCAGUAAAUUGUGAUGGACAGCUCAUAAGGGCAAGAAUUGAAUGCUUUGCCCUUUACAAAAGGCUAAAUACUCGCUUAUUGUCGGUGGAGUGAUUAGGCGCGUUAACAGAGAUUACUCUUUCAUAGUCAAUUUCGUGCGAUUCAUUUAAAGUUAAUGAGGAGAGAAUUCAAGGAAGCUUUGAACCUAUUCCGACAGAGUCCUAAUUUAAGUUCUGAUUACAGACAUUGCUGAUAUUAAGCUCAUCAAGAGAAUGCUUGCUCCGUAAAGUGAGACUGCUUCUGCAUGAGGAAGUCUUUAAACAAAAUUAUAAUCAAAUAAAAUCAGUCUUUAAUCUCAGAUUUGCGCAGUGCGCACUUAUGCAGGUUGUUUCUGCUAAAGUACCGCCUCGAGCCGUCUCUUCGCAUUUUCCUCGACAAAAACAAACGGCUACUUACAAUGAAAUAUAUUACAUAAGAAAAAGAGUACGAAAUUGUUCGAGAUAAGUCGAGGGAUUAUAAGCCGUAACCGUGAUUAAUUAUACAUAGAGAGAAAGAGACACCUAUGUAUUUAGAUGGAAUAUAUGUACAUAUAUAAACACGAACGUGGACACAAGACAGACAUGUCCAUUUAGAUGGAUAUAUAUAUAUACAUGAUACUGAGUGCUGAUCCCGAAUAAAGAUUAUGCACCAGUAUGAAAACGUUAUCACCAAUUUGUUAUUGGAAACGAUAAAUGUAAUUAAUUUUUUGAGAAUAGUGCCAAAAUUUUAUCUCUGUUUUAUCAAGUGCGAAUUUCAAGAAGUUUCGUUCCUUGCAACACGACUGAUCAAUGUACUUUUCUGCAUUUUGACCAUUUUGUAUAUUGCUUUCAAUGGUGACAAUACACCGCGUCUACGAUGGGCGCAAUCGAAGUUUUUUUACAAGAAGAAAUGUCAUUUUAUUGUAUGCGAUCUGACAUUAAUUUUCAGACAAUUAAAUUGGGAAAAUUGUAUAUUUGUUAAUUUCGACGAAUAAAAUAUUCUUGUAUAACUGAGAA